AUGGCCCCUGAAGUUAAGUGGGAAAAACCUGAGAAGGAAGGCCAGCGAAUAUAUCAGCGCGGAACGAGAGAUGGUGUGCAAAUAGCUCAGUGGGACAAUAUCGAAACAGGACAAUCGGGCUCUAUCGUUGGACCUGUCGAAAAAGAAUACACUCCGGAAGGCCUCACUGAAAGUGUGCACAUCAAAGCUAUCUCCCGUUUUGGAGAUGAAAUAACCACCCACCGGCUUGAUGAAGAGGAUUACAAAAAGAGCAAGGAGAAUAUCGAUAUAAUUAUCACUACGAGUAUUGGAGAUGUGACUAUCUGCGGCGAUAUUGAAUUUAGCGGUUUGAUGGCAGAUAUUGUUGUGGAAUCGAAGGAUACUGAGAUUUCUAUGCCUCUGAGCAUGGAUUAUAGCAAGAGGAGUGAUGAGUUUACAUGUCAAACCCCGAAAGGAUCUAUGAGUGGAAGGUUGUAUCUCGAAAAAAACAGCGUUUGGCUCUGGUUCUACCUGAAGAUCUCUGACAAGAUCUGGGGGCCUGCCUCGGUUCCCCUUGAGAGCCUAAAGAUAUAA